AAGACUUACCCAUAUUUUCUCUCAUAGAGCAGGACAUUGUGUGAAGGGUCUUGAACUGAUGGAGGAACAGCAGAAGUAUCUCCAUGGAACACUUGAAACCACCAUCUUUGAUGCAACACCUUACACACCUAAAUUCCCCUUCAAUUGUAUAUUUACAGAUGGAAAACCUGCCUAUGUAACCAUUAAGAUUGACAACAAGAAAGCAGCAAAGACAAGUCAUGAACGCGAUCGCGUUUGGAACCAAACCUUCCAAAUUCUAUGUGCACAUCCUUCAAGUACUUUCAUCACCAUAGCACUCAAAACAAAAUGCUCUGUCUUGGGCAAAAUCCAUAUCGAGGCUCGUCAAAUACUGAAGGAAGAAAGCUUGAUCAAUGGCUUCUUUCCUUUAAUAAUGGAAAAGGGGAAGCCAAAUCAAGAAAUCAAGCUCAGGUUGAUGUUAUGGUUUAAACCUGCAGAGCUAGAACCAACAUGGCAAAAGAUACUCGACUAUGAUGGUGAUUUCCCAGGCUUAAGGAAUGCUACGUUCCCUCAACGAUCAAAUUGCCAUGUCACGCUUUAUAACGAUGCUCAUCAUAGCUCUAACUUCCAUCCUCCAUCUGCAAUUUGUGGACCUCCGAGAAAAUUAUGGGAGGAUGUGUACAAAGCCAUUGAGGGUGCAAAGCAUUUGAUCUACAUUGCAGGAUGGUCAAUCAAUCCCACCAUGGUGUUGGUUCGUGAUGCUGAAACAGAUAUUCCACACGCUGUAGGAGUAACAAUUGGCGAACUGGUGAAGCGAAAAGCUGAGGAAGGUGUGGCUGUCAGAGUCAUGAUUUGGGAUGAUGAAACGUCUCUGCCAAUCAUUAAGAACAAAGGAGUGAUGCAAACUCACGAUGAAGAUGCAUUUGAGUACUUUAAACACACCAAAGUGAUAUGCAAAUUGUGCCCGAGAUUACACCACAAGUUCCCGACAGUCUUUGCUCAUCAUCAGAAGACCAUAACCGUUGACACUCGAAGACAGGAUUCUGUAAAUAACAGAGAAAUUAUGAGUUUUGUUGGUGGGUUGGAUCUUUGUGACGGUCGCUAUGAUACAGAAGAACAUUCCUUGUUCAAGACACUCAAUACAGGGUUACAGUUGAACGAUUUCUAUCAGACAAACAUCGCAGGAGCUACACUUCACAAAGGAGGACCAAGAGUGGCAUGGCAUGAUGUCCACACUUGUGUCACAGGUGAGGCUGCCUGGGAUGUAUUAACCAAUUUCGAGCAAAGGUGGACUAAGCAAUGCGAUUCAUCAUUAUUAGUCCCCACAACCACAAUACAAAAUCUUGUACACCAACCUUCUUCAAAUGCUUCCUCCGAAAGGAACUGGAAAAUUCAAGUUUUUCGAUCAAUAGACCAUGUUUCGACAACCCAAUUAGCUAGAAACUUAAGAGGAGAGCAGAGCAUCCACGAAGCAUACACAGAAGCGAUAAGACGAGCAGAGAGGUUCAUUUACAUCGAGAACCAGUACUUCAUUGGAGGGUGCCAUUUGUGGGAGAAGGACAGGAAUUGUGGAUGCAGGAAUUUGAUACCAGUAGAAAUUGCACUUAAGGUAGUCAAUAAGAUCAAAGCUAAGGAGAGAUUCGCAGUGUAUAUAGUGAUACCAAUGUGGCCUGAAGGAGUACCCGAGAGCGAAACUGUUCAGGAUAUAUUGCAUUGGACAAGAGAAACCAUGUCAAUGAUGUAUAGGCUGAUCGGAGAAGCGAUACAAGAAAGUGGACAGCCGGGGCACCCGGGGGAUUAUUUGAACUUCUUUUGCCUUGCAAACAGAGAACUAGAAAGCGAGGGAGAGUUUGUUCCUCCAAUUUCUCCUCACCCUUCAACACAAUACUGGAACGCCCAAAAGCACAGGCGGUUCAUGGUGUAUGUCCACUCCAAGCUCAUGAUAGUGGACGAUGCUUACCUAUUGAUCGGGUCUGCAAACAUAAACCAACGAUCCAUGGACGGGAAACGGGACACUGAGAUUGCAUUAGGAUGCUAUCAGCCAAGAAAUGGUGCAAAUUUGCAGAACACCAGCGAUGUCUGGGCAUUCCGUAUGUCGCUAUGGUAUGAACACACUGGACGCAAUGACCAAUUAUUCCAGGAGCCUGAGAGUUUGGAAUGUAUUGAAAGAGUUCGUUCCAUAGGAGAAAAAAUGUGGGAAAUAUACAGUAGUGAUGAAUUGGUGGACAUGGAAGGCGUGCACCUAGUAAGUUACCCUGUGAGAGUGACACAAGACGGUAUUGUUGAGGACCUCAACCAUGGAAAUGGUUUCUUUCCCGAUACAAAAGCUUCAAUAAAGGGGAGGAGAUCGAAAGUGCUACCGCCAAUCUUUACAACAUAGUCACGAAUGAAGGGGAAGGAUUCAUUUGUUGUGGCAUUGUCUGCAUCAAAUAAGAUAUAUAUAUAAUAAGAAAGUUUAGAAGAAAUUCAGAAGUUCCUGUCAAGAAAGUCAUGGUUGCAGAUGUAUAACGGACAUCAUAUUGUUGUUUCAAAAAUAAUAUAAGACGAUUAUUAUUUAAGAGA